AUGCUCAACUUCGCCCUUCAGCUCCUCGCAGCCGCGAGUGUCGUCCUCGCGUCACCUGUCAAUCUCCAAAGCCGUGCUGUCAUCAAUCAUGAUGCUGUUGUUGGCUUCCCCGAAACUGUCCCCUCUGGUAUCGUAGGCCAGCUCAUGCUGAAGUACAAACCCUUCCUAAAGGUCGAGAAUGGCUGCGUUCCUUUCCCUGCUGUCAAUGCCGCAGGUGACACUGGCGGCGGCCUGGCCACCUCUGGCGACCCCUCAGGAAUGUGCAGCUCUAGCCCCGGCCAAGUCUACGCCCGUGCCGGCGCUCACAACGGCGCCUACGCCAUCAUGUACUCGUGGUACAUGCCCAAAGACAGCCCUGGCCCUGGUCUCGGCCACCGCCACGAUUGGGAGAACAUUGUGGUAUGGCUGUCAGCUCAAUCCACCACCGCCACUAUCCGCGGCGUCGCCAUCUCUGCUCAUGGUGACUACCAAAAGGUUACUAAGCCGAACCUUGACGGUACUCGUCCCCUCAUUGGUUACAGGUCCAUUUUCCCUGUCAACCACCAGCUUAUUUCUACAACCACAAAGGGUGGAGAGCAGCCGGUGAUUGCGUGGGAUAGCAUGCCUGCCGCGGCGAAGAGUGCGAUUGAGAACACAGACUUUGGUGACGCGACACCAUCCUUCCGGGACAGCAACUUCGAAUCCUACCUCACUGAUGCUUUCAUUUAG